AUGUUCCCCCACGCCCUUCCCCCAUGGCGGGAUGUCCCCUCUUCUACCACUUACCCCCUCUUAUCCUCCUCUUAUCCCUUUCCAUUUUCAGUUCUACCCACCUAUCCACCCCCCCCCCCCCACUCUGCGUCCACUUUCCUCUUAUCCGUGCUCGCCCAUCAUCAGGUGCUGCGCCAGGCCUCUCUGUUUGCCGUCGCCCCGCAACUCAAACUAGCCGACGUGUUGAAGCCUGAUGACGUCAUUCUCGCUUUCACCGGGGAUGCUGACGUUGCUGCUGAUGUCAGCGACUAUUUGACACACCACCUUGCAUUCGGCUCCUCCCGUCCCAGUCACAACGAAUCUUCCUUCAGCACUCUCGACCACCAUUCACCAUCUCCUCACCACCAACUGCCACGUGGCAGUCUCUCCAGCGACCACGUGGCAUUCCAGCGUGGGCUGCUGGCCGCCCUCGCUGCUGCUGACGUGUCAGGGAGGGGGGUGAAGGUGGUCAGCGAAGCAGGAGAGAGGAGGAGAGUAAGGGGGGUGGUGGUGGGGGGAGGGGGAAAGAGAAUGCGGCUGGAGGGGGAGGGGGAGGAGAUGGAGCGGAGGGGAGGGGACGACUUGCCCUUGUUGACAGAUGGGCCGGCGGGAGGGGAGAGGGUAGAGGGAGGAAGCAGGGGAGAGGGGGGAGGAGGGCGAGGGGAAGGAGGGCGGGGAGAGGGAGAAAGGGGAGCGGGAGAAGCUGUGAGAGGCGCGGAGGUAGGUGGUGAGAAUGGGUGGUUUCUUGGGAGCUGCGAGGGCAAGGAGAAAGGAGUGGUUGAGGAGAGACCAAAAGCGGGAGGGGGACAUGGGAGGAAGCAUGGGGGAGGGGAGUCAAGGGGAGGGGAGUCACGGGGAGGGGAGUCAGGGGGAGGGGAGUCAGGGAGAGGGGAGUCACGGAGAGGGGAAGGAAACGCGCAGGUGGAUGGAGAGGUGCGCGGUGAAGGGGGGCGUGAGAAGAAGCGGAGGAGGGAGAGCGUGGAAGAGCAGAGGAUGGGUGAUGGCGCUGGAGAGGAGGGAGGUGGGGAGAAGGCAGAUGGGAAGACGGCAGAUGGUGCGUCUGAUGGGGAGAGGAUGGGUGGGGAGAGUGUGGGCGUGGGGCGGGCAGGGAAAAGACAAAGACUGGGGGAGGGGAGUGAGAAGGAUGGGGUGGUGGAGGGGGGAGAGAGGGAUGGGGGGACGGUGGAAGGGGAUGCGUUGGGGGGAGGAGGGGAUGGGACGGGGGAUGAGAGAGGUGCGACUGUGGGGAGGAAAGAGAAGGGUGGAGAGGAUGAGAUGAAGGAGAGUAAAGGGGUGAAGGAGAAGAAAAGUACCAAGGGGAACGGGAAAGACGAGGUGAAUGGGAAGGACGAGGUGAAAGGGAAGGACGAGAUGAAAAAGACGGAAGGAAAGAGUGGUAAAGCAAGUGGGAAGGGGAAAUCGGCGGAGGGAGGGCAUGAGGCGGAAGAGGAGAGAGCAGUGAAUGAGGUGAAGGAGGGACGUGCAGCACAUGGUGCUGGCGAUACUGCCCGGGGUGCUGGUGAUACUGCCCGGGGUGCUGGUGAUACUGCCCGGGGUGCUGGCGAUACUGCCCGGGGUGAUGGUGUGAAGGGUGGUGGUGAAGUGGGUACGAAUGAGGAAGUGGUGAGUUUGGUGAGGGAUGAGAGUGAGGAGAGUGAGGAGGACAGUGAGGAGGGGAGUGAGACGGAUGGUGAGGAGGAAGGAAAGGAGGAAGGGGAAGGGGAAGGGAAGGACAUGGAGAUUGAGAAAGAGGAAUCAGAGGAUGAGGAGGGUGAGGAGGACGAGGAGAGAGAGGAGGAAGAGGAGGAGGAUGAGGAGGGGAAAGUGAAAGUUUCAGAGGCAGAGGCUAAGGAGGAGGGGAAGAAGGAAGAUGGUGGUGAUGAUUCGGAAACAGAAGAGGAAUCAGACGAAGAGACAGAGGAGGAGGCAGAGGAGGAGGCAGAGGAGGAGGCAGGAAAGGAAGGAAAGGUGAAAGACAAGGAAGUGAAAGGGAAGGAUAAGGGGAAGACAGGCAACGAGGAGGAGGAAGAAGAGGAGGAGGAUGAGGAGGGAAAAGUGAAAAAGUCGGAGGCAGAGGCUAAGGAAGAGGGGAAGAAGGAAGAUGGUGGUGAUGAUUCGGAGACAGAAGAGGAAUCAGACGACGAGACAGAGAAGGAGGAAGAAGAGGAGGCAGGAAAGGAAGGGAAGGUGAACGACAAGGAAGUGAAAGGGAAGGAAGGAAAGGCAAAAGAGAAGGAAGUGGUAGGGAAGGAUAGAGGAAAGACAGACACAGCGGAGGAAGAAGAGGACGACGAGGAGAAGGGAGGGGAAGAGGAAGAAGAAGAGGAAGAAGAGGAGGAUGAUGAGGAUGAAGAAGGGGAGGAUGACGAGGAGGGGAAAGUGAAAGCUUCAGAGGCAAAGUCGAAGGAGGAGGAGAAGAGGGAAACUGGCGCUGAUGAUUCGGAGACAGAAGAAGAGUCAGAGGAGGAGGAUGAUGAUGGGAAAGUGAAAGUUCCAGAGGCGGAGGCGAAGGAGGAUGGGAAGACAAAAACUGACGGUGAUGAUUCUGAGACAGAGGAAGAGACAGAGGAAGUGACAGAGGAAGAGUCAGAUGAGGAUGCAGAAGAGGAGGUAGAGGAGGCGGCAGGGAAGAAAGAAAAGGUGAAAGAAAAGGAAGUGGUAGGGAAGAGUGGAGGAAAGACAGAGAAAGAGGAGGAAGAAAUGGAGGACGAGGAGGAGGAGGAGGAAGAAGAGGAGGAAGAGGAAGAGGAAGAGGAGGAAGAGGAGUCAGAUGAUGAAGUGGUGGUGUUGGAGAGCGGUGCAGAGGGAAACAAGGAGCGAACUGACAAGGCUCAGACCAGAGCCUCUGCUGCUGCUGCUGCUGCUGCUGCUGCUGUUGCAGCGAGCAAAGCAGUGGCAACGAAAGGAGCAGCAAGCAAGGCGGACGGGAAAGGAGCAGACAGCAAAGCAGCAGCAGCGGGUAAAGCAGUAGAAGAGAAGGAACCAGCAGUGAAGGCAGUGGGAGGAAAACAAGACGGAGCAAGCAAAGGAGCUAUCAGAUCUGGUGCAGCAGGAUCAGGAGGGAAAGAUGGUGUUGCAGAGCGAGUGGGUGUUGUGAGAAGACAAGAGAGAGUGGAUGAGAAGAGUGAGGAGGAGAGUGAGGGGAGCGAGACAGAGAGUGAGGGGGGAGUGGAGGAGAAAGAAGAGGAGGAGAGUGAGGAAGAAGGGGAGGAUGAGAGUGAGAAGGAGAGUGAGGAGGAGAGUGACGAGGAGGAGGAGGAAGAGGAGAGGAAACUGGAUGACAAGAGCAAGAAACAGGCCAGCAAAAGCAAGAGAGCGGACACAGACAAAGGGAUAGUGACAGGGGGCGCCAAGAAAAAGGGGGCUGCAGGGAAGGUGGAGGGUGUGAGAGGAAGAGAGGAAGCAAGCACAGGGAAGAGAGAGGGGAGGGCAGGAGCAGGAGGGAAGGCAGCAGCUGGAAGGGGAAAGACGGCAGGCAAGGGCAAGGCAGCAGCAGCUGCUAAUGCUGGCAAGGCAAAAGGAGGAGCAGCGGCGGCAAAGGCGGGCGCAUCACAUGCACGAGCAGCAGGAGCAGCAGAGGAAGAAGGGCCAAUAGAUACAGCGGCACCGACGGGUCCAAGAGUGCCUCUUCGAAUGAGUGCACCACCAAGCGGCACCUUCCGUUACCCCCGAGCCACUUCCCCUAUUGACUCCGCUACCCCUGUUGCCUCCACUCCCCCUGUUGCCUCCGCUGCCCCCUUGCCUCAACCUUCCCCUUCAGCUGACUCAGCCAGCCCUUUGCCGGUCAUGGACUUGGGAGACAUUCUCAAGAUGAUAAAGUAA